AUGCAUUCCAAGCUAACCUGUUCAAACAGACAUGGGACAAAUGGAACCACGCAAUGUGGAUCCAUUGGGCUACCGCUGCGCGGGGUGCUUGUUCAGAAGAUUGCAUCUGAGGUGACGGUUGCCUACAUCGUUCUCAAUGAAGGGACGGAAGGAAAGCAACAGGUUGCAGAGGAACUGGUUGGGGCCCUUCUCAAGCGUGUUCUGAGAAACCGGGCCGAAGGCGUGGACCGAGGGAAAAGCAGUUGGUGCUCUGUUUACGAAGAUCGUUCGUCCAAGCCAUGA